UCACAUGUGCGUUUCUAACGCGACGAGUCUGUCCGCAGAUGCUGCUGCUGCUGCUGAAACUGAGCUAGAGCUGGGGAUUAUUGUUCAAGUCAGAGUGCUGGCUGGUGGCGAGUGGGUGACUUUUCACCCACACUCAGUACUUUUCAUCUCUCGCUCUACUUUCUUUCAUAUACUGUUGCUUUCAUAUUGAGUGACACGCGGACUAUGAAAAACAUGACUUUCCGACGCGUAAAGAAGCUGAACUCAAACGAACCGGACAGCGGGUCCCUGUGUCAUGACAGUGGGGAGAUCUACUUUACGUCCUCCAAAUCGGACAGCUGUGGGACUGUGGAUCGUGGACCCUCAAACUCUGAGGUUUAUAGUUAUAAGACCCUCGCUUACUCUGGAGGGACUCUACCAAGGAACUUCAAAAAGAAUGGUGGGCUGCAAAAGUGGAAGCCCCUUUCACACACUCCAGAACCACAAAGGAAAACGGUGAUCCUGAUGAAGAAAGAGGAGGAGGCCUUUGGCUUUGAGAUCCAGACAUAUGGGCUGCAUCACCAGAGUGAGAACUCCGUGGAGAUGUGCACCUUUAUUUGCAAAGUCCACGAAGACAGUGCUGCCCAACUUGCAGGCCUUAAAGUCGGAGACACGAUUGCCAGCGUGAAUGACACUUCUGUGGAAGGCUUUCGUCAUAAAGAAAUCGUCCAGCUCAUUAAAUCAUCAGGCAACAGCAUUAGUCUAGAAACCGUCUAUAGUGACUCGAUACGAAAAGCAGAAUUGGAAGCCCGACUGCAGUAUCUAAAGCAAACCUUGCAUGAGAAAUGGGAUGAAUAUAGAUCUCUAAUGGUGCAGGAGCAGCGGCUUGUGCAUGGCAUCGUCAUGAGUGAUGUGGCUGUGUAUGAGUCUCUGGAGUCAGCCGGUUUAUACGGGAGUCUGGGAGCUCCAAGCCCCGCGGCCAUGCGUGCAUUAUGUGGCACCGGGAGCACGAGUAGCAGCGUCAGCCAUCUAAGUGCCGCCACAACUGAGGAUGACCCACUCUACCAAACCUGCAUCUUCCAGGGGGAGUGUUCCAACAACGCCAGCAACGACGAGCUCGACUCAAACCAAGAGAAGACUCAAAACAGCCGUCCACGCCUCAUCCGACCCGCCAGCGAGCUCUUCGCUACUGCCAAGACCACCUUGACCCGCAGCGCCAGCACACGCAGUUACAUGAGGGCCCUGCCGUCGUCAUCCUCGGUGCCUAACGGAGAGAAACAGCAGUGCGGAGGGUUCAGCACACUGCAGCGCAAGCCCAAACCCAAACAGAAGAGCUUUAGGCGGAGUCUGUUGAAAUUCAUUCCCGGACUAAACCGACCCCUGGAAGAGGAGGAAAGCAAACUGUGAGAAACAAAAGCGAACUGAGAAUUCAAAGACUCCCUGUUUAAAAGGAGCAAAAAGGAAACUGAAGACCAAAAGCGGAUGCCAAGAUAAACCAAAGAAUCCAGUGAUGAUAAAACAGUGUUUUCAUCUUGU